AUGACGAUCUCCCAAACACACGUGAUAUUCGGCCGAGAUCCCAAGAUUCAGAUAUCGAGAUUCAUGUUGCUGAAGCAAAUGAAGGGCUCAAGUUCCUCGGAGUUGACCCCGACGGUAGCCGACAGCCUUUCAGUUUCCAUCUUAGCGAGGGGCUCGUCGGGUUAUUUUCCUCAAGCAAACUACACUCUCAGCCGUAACGAAUAUUAUGUGCCUCAAUCUACCGUGGCUGGUGAGCCAACCUGGGAGGAAGAAGAUUUCUCUGGGCUGAAUUGGCCGGGUCCUUAUUCUUCUACUCUAUCAAAACCAUACUAUACUCUCACUAGUAGCCCCUUGGAAGUCGAGGAACUGACGAGCUGCCUGCUCCAAAAUCUACGCGCCUACCGAUCCAAAGUCACUCGAACCAAAAAGGGUACCAUGCUUGCCGACAGCCUUUCCAAGCUGCCGACAGAGAUCCUCGAUAAUAUCCUCGCGGCCAUGGGACGCAACAUUCCUCCUGAGUCUUCCCAUCUGUUACCCCAGAGAUUAUGGAGGGAUCAACUUAAGGCAGGGUCCCGCGGGCUUCUCCCCUGGCUGUGGGACAUUGAUCCAGCUUGCAUCGACGCAAAAGACUCUGAGCCCUGACCUGGUGGUGAGUCCUUCGAAUGGGACUGGGAGCUGUUGGUUCGGCAGCUCAGUCGGGGUGUUGACUACGGGGUUCUCCUAGAUGUACCUGACACUAUCAGAGCCACACCCGGUGUCACUGGUCCUCAAGGCAAACCAACUAUGGGAGGAACUGGCUAUCAUACUGAUUUAGCCCAUGUACCCGCUGGUCUACACAACCGACGUCGCAUAUGGCAGCUGCUCGAAGAAAUGAUCGUCGGCGAUACAUUGCCAUGGCCAGCUAGGCAACGGUGCCGCUAUGCCUGCUGGUCACGCAUGGACACGCAACAACAGGGCGUCCCCUUAUGCUGGAAAAAGGCGGGAAAUAUUUUAGCCCGUCCGAUCUAGCUUCC